UCUUUCUAAUCAAAAAGUAUUAUUUUCCUUUUUUCUCCUUAUACAAAAACUGUAUAUUAUAAGAGGCUCACUCUCUUUUGUGUUUCAGAAGCCCACUCUCGACUUCUCCAAAUUCGAACUCACCAAACAAUGCCGAAGGCUGGCGCCUUGGAUCUGGCUUUUGGGGUCGGUGGAAAAAUUGACAAAAGCGAAGUUCUCCCCACCGUCAAAACGUAUGAGAAGUAUCAUGUCUGUAAUGGAGGUGAAGAGGAAGAGAGAAAAGCUAACUACGCUGACAUGGUAAAUAAAUAUUAUGAUCUCGUAACCAGCUUUUAUGAGUUUGGCUGGGGGGAGUCUUUCCAUUUUGCACCAAGAUGGAAAGGAGAGUCUCUUCAGGAGAGUAUAAAGCGACAUGAGCAUUUCCUGGCUUUACAACUUGCCCUGAAACCUGGACAGAAGGUUCUGGAUGUAGGUUGUGGAAUUGGUGGACCAAUGAGAGAAAUUGCACGGUUCAGCUCAACAUCGGUCACUGGGUUGAACAUCAAUGAAUAUCAGAUAACAAGAGGAAAAGAACUAAACCGAAUUGCAGGAGUGGACAAAACCUGUAACUUUGUAAAGGCUGACUUCAUGAAGAUGCCUUUUCCUGACAAUAGUUUUGAUGCUGUAUAUGCAAUUGAAGCUACCUGUCAUGCACCAGAUGCAUAUGGAUGCUACAAAGAGAUUCACAGAGUAUUGAAGCCUGGCCAAUGCUUUGCAGCAUACGAAUGGUGCAUGACUGAUGCUUUUGAUCCUGAAAAUCAAGAACAUCAGAAAAUUAAGGCUGAAAUUGAGAUUGGUGACGGCCUUCCUGACAUCAGGUUGACUAGAAAUUGUCUUGAAGCUCUGAAACAAGCUGGUUUUGAGGUGUUGUGGGAGAAAGAUCUUGCUGUUGACUCACCUCUCCCAUGGUACUUGCCUUUGGAUAAAAGCCACUUCUCACUAAGUAGCUUCCGCCAAACUGCUGUUGGACGUUUCUUCACUAGAAACAUGGUUAAGGCCCUGGAAUUUGUGGGAGUGGCCCCAAAGGGAAGUCAAAGGAUUCAAGAUUUUCUGGAGAAAGCUGCUGAAGGAUUGGUUGCUGGUGGAAGCCCAACUAUAAUUUCCCAAGUGGGAGCACAGUGUUGAAGUGCGCAAAGAUAAUACCAGGUCCAUCAUUAACAAACUUGGAAAAUAACCAAGAUUCAAGCAAUUUUGUAUGUACAUGCGUAUUUUCAUUUGAGGUGGCUUCCAGAAAGCAGAGUCGGAGAAUAACAGCCACAUGAUAGAAAUGUCAAUAAAAAAUCAUCUCUGUGGAGUAGUACCAAAGAUAAAAAGGGACAAACAAAAAACUAAUAUCGCACUGUAAGCUAGUAAUAUGAACUGAGACCCGGUCUAGCCUUUUGAAAUUUGCAAUAUGAAAGCUAAAUGAAUGGUUACUUGUGGACUAGGAGUUUGUAUUAUGUCAAUAUACUUCAGUGGUCUAGCUAUUUUUGACA